AUGUCUUCAUCUACAUCAUGUAUUAAAUGCUUCAUUUUAUCUCCAUUAAAAAUGCAAGUCAGAAAUAUUCAGAACAUAGCACCGAGUCUAACUGACAAGAGUAUAAAGAUAUACUAUGAACAUGUUAUGAUGAAACCAACCAAAAUUCAAGAAAGUCAGUAUACUUAUGAAUAUCCAAGACACUGGGUAGAGUAUGUAGGAGGUGAGAAAGCUAUUGAAAUCAGACAGGUUCGAAGUAUUCCAGCAGGAAGAACAAUAUUAUUGAAGAACUUUAAUGUUUUGAGAUAUAAUGAUGAAACAAAGAAGCAAGAUAGUUUCCCUGUUGCUGUGUAUGUGAACCUAGACACAGGAGAUGACAUGAAAGUUUUUAACACAAAGCUUCAAACGGUAGUGAGAGAACAACUGACUGCGGAAGGGCACCCAUUACCUUCAGAAGUUACCAUAGCAUAUAAUUUUGAAACAAACUCAAUAGAUUUUAAAGUCGUCUCUGCAAAGAAGUCAGGUUUUACAUUUAAUGAAGCAGAUGUAUAUUCGAAUGAAAACUUCAAAGCUAUUGCAUGGUUAGAUAAUGACGAUUGCUUUAAGAAAAUCUUUAAAUUCAGUGACUCAAAGAUGUCAAUAGAUGACCUUCGUGGAAUGUUACCAUCGACGUUUACAGUUGAAGGUUCAGCAGGAUUGCUUACAAGAUUGUCAAUUGGUGGCAUUUGGUCUCGUGAGAACAUUGUUAUAAAAUCCAGUAUAAGUAGUGAUGCGAAAAAUUCCCAAACAUAUGGGGUUUCUCAUAUCCCGUCCCCUAUCGUUUCCCCAAUUCAAUUUUUUUUGGAAUUUUAUUUUUUUUCCCGCCCAUUUGAAUUAAAAAUGGGCGAUUUUCGUUAA